AUGGGGAAGGGGUCGAAGCCCAACUGCAAGUCGACCUCACACAGGCAGUUCAAGGACAGGGCCAAAACCCGAGUAGAUGAUCUUCAAGGGAUCUUCGUUGAUCUCCAGUUUGCCAGGAAAGAGAGCCGCAACGUCGACGUGGCGGUUCUUGAAGAGCAAGUCCAUCAGAUGCUCCGAGAAUGGAAAUCUGAGCUCAAUGAGCCAUCUCCUGCAAGCUCUCUGCAGCAGGGUGGAAGUCUUGGAUCCUUCUCGACAGACAUAUGCAGACUGCUGCAGCUCUGUGAGGAGGAAGAUGAUGCUACUAGCACAUUAGCUUUGCCAAAGCAUGAGCCUAAUGACCAAAGUUUGCAGGGUGAUACUAACACAAUGUUUCCUCAGGGUUACGGAUUGAAUCAUGGACAACAGGAUCAUAGCUUUCCAUAUGCCACUCAAAAUAAAGAUUCUCCAUCAGCAGGUCGUGGGGUAGUUGUCACCAACUUGGAAGGUACUGCUCAGUUGGAUUACCAUCAGUUUGAUCUGCCUCAAAACUUUGACCAAAGCUUCUAUCUCGGCUUUAAUGGGAUGAAUCUAUGUGGUGAAGAUGGUACCACCCAGAAUCUUGCUAGUAGCUAUCUUCCAGGUAUAUGCCCUCCGCCUUCAGCCUUCUUAGGCCCGAAAUGUGCACUCUGGGAUUGUGCUCGACCAGCACAGGGUGGGUUGGACUUUUGGCAGGUCUACUGCAGUAGGUUUCAUCAUGACCUAGCCCUGAAUGAAGGCCUCCCGGGAAUGGGCCCUGUUCUUAGGCCCGGAGGCAUUGGCCUGAAAGACGGCCUUCUCUUUGCAGCUCUUGGUGCAAAGGCUGAGGGAAAAGAUGUCGGUGUCCCAGAAUGUGAGGGAGCUGCAACCACAAAGUCUCCUUGGAAUGCUCCUGAACUCUUUGAUCUUUCGGUUCUUGAUGGUGAGACAAUCAGGGAGUGGCUCUUCUUUGACAAGCCACGUCGAGCAUUCGAGAGCGGCAACAGAAAGCAAAGGUCGUUGCCUGAUUACAGUGGGCGUGGAUGGCACGAGUCGAGGAAGCAAGUCAUGAACGAAUUUGGAGGACUGAAGAGGUCCUAUUACAUGGACCCACAACCAUUGAACAACUUCGAGUGGCAUCUGUACGAGUACGAGAUCAACAAGUGUGAUGUCUGUGCCUUGUAUAGAUUGGAAUUAAAGGCCGUUGAUGGGAAGAAGAGUGCUGCCAAGGGCAAACUGACCAAUGACAAUUCAGUGGUUGUUAAUCUACAGAAGCAGAUGGGAAGGCUUACAGCCAAGUUCCCUUCCGAUAAUAACAAGCGUUCUAUGAAAGGAAGAGCCAAAGUGGAUGCUAAAGUUGGCGCUGGAAAUCCUUAUCCAGUGCCUAACCGAGUGGUGCCAGCGAAUGAAGGUUUCGAUUAUGGACUCGGACCACAGUACAAUUACCUUGGUGGUGAUUAUUAUGGGACGUGA